GCGGCCGUCCUCAGCUCCUGCAGCAGCAGGUACAGGUUCUCCACACUGAUCCCGUCCUGCAGGAGCUCCGAGCUCAGCUGACUGAACAGGGUUUUCCUCCAUCGUCCUGAGCCAUGACGGAAGGAUGGAACCAGAUAUGGACCCAACAUGGAAAGGCACGAUGGGACUGAGGCUCCAUGUCUCAUUAUUAAGAUUAAUUCUCUGAUCCAGAGAAGGAGGCGCUGAAUGGUUACCUGGUCAGAACUACUGAGGUGGGCCUGUGUGAGCCCCAACAGCUUCAAAGCUCCAGCCUCGGACCCAGAGGACUCCUUGUCAGAGUCCUGACGGAAGUGGCCGAAGUGAGCCGAGCCRAACAGAGGGCGUCUGAAGCAGCAGCAGAAGCUGACACACACACUGUUUUCAAACAUUUCACUUCAGCAGGAUGACGGCGCUCAGCAGCUGGGAGUUAUGUGUCAAAUACGCUCUUUUUAUCUUCAACUUCGUCUUCUGGCUUGCAGGGACUGCUGUCCUCGCUGUGGGACUCUGGCUGCGMUUUGACUCCAGGACCAAAGGACUGUUUGAGGGAGAGGACUCUCCUUCUGUCUUCUUCACAGGUGUGUACAUCCUGAUCGCYGCGGGGGCUCUCAUGAUGGUGGUGGGCUUCCUGGGAUGCUGCGGGGCCAUCAGGGAGUCUCCGUGCAUGCUGGGUCUGUUCUUCCUCUUCCUGCUCCUCAUCUUCGCUGCAGAAGUGGCCGCAGGGAUCUGGAGUCUGUCCAAUAAAGAGACGGUGGUGGAAGACGUGACGGAGUUCUACAAACAGACCUAUGAGAACUUCAGGACCACCAAGCAGGAGGCGCUGAAGGAGACCCUCCGCAUCAUCCACUUCGGACUGGACUGCUGCGGUCCUACAGGAACGGUCUUCGAUGCCAUCAAAGACAUCUGUCCAAAGCAGGAAGGACUGGAGGUCCUCGUCACCACGAGCUGUCCUAAAGCCAUCGAUGAAGUGUUCAACCACAAGCUGCACAUCGUCGGAGGAGUCGGCAUCGGCAUCGGAGUCAUCAUGAUCUUCGGGAUGAUCUUCAGCAUGAUGCUGUGCUGCGCCAUCAAGAGGUCCAGAGACUUUGUGUAAAACUGAACCAGUUUAACUCGCGUCCCCACACUUCCAUCCUGCUGCUUUAGAUGUGAAACCGGUUUAAGGUUUGGCUUCGUACAGGACGGCCGCAUCAACCUGUGAGCGUAGGAAGCCUUUAGCUACGAUGUUUAACUUGUCCACUCUGGAGGGUCUGCAGGGACCGGAGCUGUAAAAUAGAGGGGCUAUUUUUUUAUUUUAUUUUUUUUUGUACCAAAAAUCCAUACUUUUUAUAACAAAACCUGCAGGAGAAAUGAACACUUGGGUCUCUGCUGCCCUCUGGUGGACGCUUCUGCAGUUUUUCUUUUUUAAAUCUCCCGUUUGUUUCUAAAAAUGCACUAAAAGUUAGAGCUGUGGUCUUUAUUUGCUGCCACCUGAAUUUUUUUUUUUUUUUUUUGACGC